UAGGAGGCAAUGUUUAGCUGUCUGAGAGGAGAGAUGGGAGUUCAAUGUAACUGAUCUACUGCCUUGAGCCAAAAAAGGAGGAGUGGGGAGGAGUGACUGAGUGAAAACUGGAGGGAAAGACUGAGGAGCGUGACAGAAGGGAGAGGGAGAGGAGGAAGGAGAGUGAGGCUGAGGAAGCUCUCUGGUGAGAGAUCAGGCUAUCGCUUUUAACCACGUGGAGACAAACCUCAACAACUCCUGCACAGAGGAGGCAGAAAUCAGCUGCUGGUGGAGGAAAACUAUCUUCUUCUUCUUCUCCGUUUUGGGGAUGUAAUGCACAGAUCUGCUUUUGGGCUUCUUCACCCUGAAGUCUAAAGUUAAACGGGUGAACCAAAGAGACGUAUGAACUUGUUGGAACACCAAGAAAAUCUGUCGUUUCUUCGAUGGGAUUUGGUUUCAGAUUGCAGCUUUUUUUUUUUCCUGUGUAUUCUUAAAUUUCAUGUCGUGGUAAUCUGGUCCUGCUGUGGACUGUCUGACUGCAGAGCCUACUGAAGAAGUAUGUUAAGCGGCAGUCUGGAAGCUGGUGCCUUGCUCGAGGAAUAGAAGAAGAAACGCUCGCUGUAAAGAUCUUCUCAGCUGGUCUGGGAUUCAAACAGGCCUCUUGGAUUACAGGAAGAUUUCCUUGUCGCUCAGUGGAACUUUUAACAUGGACUUCUGCUCUUUAACAAAAUCCCCAAGUUAGCUGUGUCGGUUAUGAACUUUAAGGGCGAAUUCUGAAAAUCCAUAAGGCUGUUUAUCUCCAUGAGGACGUUGUAGUAGAGUGAGACAGCAGAGGAUAAUGUGAUGAUGGUUUCGCUGCCUGUGCCAUGCUGAGAGGGAGGUUAGCUCUGGCGAGUGUGUAUCUGUGUUUUGUCUGUCUGCUUGGCUUGACGCUGCAACUGCCUGCCAAACCCUGCGCUAACGACAUAUUCGCAAAACUCGAGGCCCUCGUCGGGGAAGUCCACAACUUGGAGGGGUUGAACUGCACAUUGUACACGCCCACCACAGAAGACUUUAAGAAAUGUUACCAAAACUAUGAAAAAGAAGAAUUUUAUACUGGAGAGCUUCACGUUCCGCUGUCGGAAAUCAGCAGGCUAAAAGAUAACGAGUUUAGAAUAAAUUGCCCCAAGUCCACCUUGAAAUGUCUUGCUGACGAAGUUAAAGUCCUCACUGAGGAGCUGGAAGCUUUUAAUGUCUCUGGAAUGCACGAGUUCCCAUUGAUCAAGAAUCUUAGGCGGCUAGCAGUGCGGAUAAAAAAGACGGAGUCAAACUGUCCCCGUUGUGAGCUCCUCAUAGAGAAAGAAGCUAAACUGUUCCUUAAGGAUCUUCACACGAUUCUUGAGAUGAUGAACUUUAGUAACUGCAACUGAUGGACUCCUAAGGACUUUAAAAAGACACUUAAUGACCUGUGAUUCUCUUCAUGGACUUUUCAUAUUUCCUGAGCACAAAUAAAUGCAUGAUGUCUGAGCA